UCCAUGCUCGUGUUCUAUUGGAUUUCUUUUCUUUGGCAUUGACUUUGACUAUGUUGGAUUUAGACAUUGCUACAAAUAACAUCCAUUUCAUGAAUGGUGUGCUAUAACGGACCAAAAUGAUAAAGGGAACGCGAUACAGUGACCGGCGAUGGCAGACGCACUGGUGGCUCAUUUUCUUUCUCUUGUGGAGUACAAUAGACGGGCAGACUCGAUACAGCAUCCCGGAGGAGCUGAAACGAGGCUCUGUGGUGGGGAAUUUAGCCAAAGACCUCGGUUUGGGACUAUCAGAUGUUUUUGACCGUAAGCUUCGUGUCGCAUCUGAAGCUGGAAAGCAGUUUUUCAGCGUGGAUGCGGGGAAAGGAGAGCUGGUAGUGAAUGACCGAAUAGACAGAGAGGGUUUGUGUGGACAAAGCGCCAGCUGUGUUUUACCUCUGCAAGUAGUUGCUGAAAAUCCUUUGCAGUCGCAUCGAAUUGAGGUAGAAAUAAGAGAUAUAAAUGAUAACUCUCCCCAUUUUCACACACAGGAUAUUAAUCUAAAAAUACCGGAGUCAGUUGCUCUUGGCAAACGUUUUCCUUUAGAGAGCGCAGACGACCCCGAUGUUGGGAGCAAUUCCUUAAAAACCUACACACUUAGUAAAAACGAUCAUUUUUCACUAAAAUACACAGAUACAAAGAAUGAAAAGGCGGUUCCGGAAUUAGUGCUGGAAAAAUCCUUAGACCGGGAAAAGAAUGCGGUCCAUACGCUACUAUUGACAGCGUUAGACGGAGGAAAUCCAGUCACAUCUGGAACCUGCAAAAUCCUCAUUUCUGUACUUGACAAUAAUGACAAUUUCCCAGUAUUUAGCGAAAAUGAAUACAAAAUUUCUUUAAAAGAGAACAGUACUAAGGGAACGCCUGUAAUUAAACUCUCAGCCACUGAUGCGGACGACGGUCCUAACGGUGAGGUUAAAUAUUAUUUCGGGACCCGGACUGCAGAAUCUGUGUUAUCAACAUUUGACAUUAAUGAUGUGACUGGUGAAAUUGUAUUAAAGGGUUCGUUGGAUUAUGAGAGUUCUAAAUCAUAUACAAUAGAUGUGACGGCCAAAGACAGAGGAGUCCCAGAAAUGGAGGGUCACUGCCGUGUGCAGUUAGAGGUGGAGGACAUAAACGAUAACACUCCAGAUAUUGUUCUCACGUCAACACCCAGUCCAGUCCGCGAAGAUGCACCUCGUGGCACAGUGGUGGCUUUAAUCAGUGCUCGAGAUCUCGACUCCGGUAACAAUGGUAAAGUGACGUUACAGCUUAGGAAAAAAUCGCCAUUUUCUCUAAAACCAUCGUUUUCUGAUAACUAUGAGCUUGUAACCAGUGGUGCUUUAGACAGAGAGAGCUUCUUAGAGUAUAAUGUUGAAAUUACAGCCACAGAUUCAGGCUCUCCUCCCCUGUCCAGUAAGAAAACUAUACCU